CGGCCGCGCGCGUCCGCGGUCGCCGAUGUCACGGAAUACGCGCCAAGCCGGAGACCAAAAUGGGUUGCGGCUCAUCAGGCAACGUGGUAGCGUCAGCACCGCCGGACGGUAACGGUACCGUCGGCAACGGCGCCCACCACGACGACCUGCCCACCGUGGUGCUGCCGGACACACCACCGGUGCCUAAAGCACCGAUCGCUUACGAAAUACCGCUCGAAGAGUUCGAUGGUCCCCGGAAGAGCAGCCCCCCGCCACACCUGCAGCGGCUCCUGCAGCCCCCCGCACCCCCCAGCCUGCCCGACAUUCAGGACAGGCUGGCUGAAGCGGAACAAAGAAGACUGACGAUUUUGCAACAGAGAGCGGCGUCUGCGCAGAAACGGGCGCAGAAAGUUAUCAGACCUAUAGAGACAGACAAAAUUGCUAACGGACAUGAUCUGGGUAAGGUGAGCAACGUGGUGACCAUCUCCCCGCAGCCGGGCGAGUGCGAAGACAAGAACAUAUGACACUGAAUACAACAUCAUC